AUGGCCGGGUUCUACCAGCAACAGCAGCAUCAACCGUACGGUGUCCCUCCACAGCAGCCCUCGGCGCAAAAUCUACAGUUCUAUCCUUCCUUAUAUUCGUCGGUCUCGGGACAUACAACGCCCGCACAGGUCUCCUACGGUGGCUAUGGAGGUAGCUCAUCAUCAUCUGCCUACCCGCCAUUAGGCAGCGGAGGAGCGUCCUUUGGCGGAUCAGCUGGCUUUGGUGGAGGUGCUGAUGCCGUCAGUGGUCGAAUGGGUGAACAAGGAGGGUUACGGAUGGGAUGGCUGGCUGCAUUUGGGACAGAAGGCUAUGAGGAUGAACCCCCGUUGCUUGAAGAACUAGGGGUAAAUUUUGAGCAUAUACGCACGAAGACACUCUCGGUGCUAAACCCCUUCGCACGAAUCGACCAGCACUUGAUGGACGAUAACGAUCUCUAUGGCGCCCUUCUUUACAUUCUGCUGUACGGAACGUUCCUCCUGUUAUCAGGCAAAGUAUUCUACGGCUACAUCUACGGCGUAGCUGUUUUCGGAUCAGUAAUUAUCCACCUCAUCCUCAGCCUGAUGUCACCUACCCUUGACCCGUCGACAAACGGAGUGUCCCACGACCCCACAGGCAUGAACAUGAACAUGAAUCCUUCAGAUGCUGGCCACGGCCAUGGGGCCCAAGGGGGCCAUUUCUCAUCGACUCUUACUUUUCCUCGUUCCGCCAGCGUGUUGGGAUACUGUUUCCUACCCCUUGUCCUAACCAGCCUUGUGGGAAUCUUGAUACCCAUGGACACCGUAUUCGGCUACUUACUUACCACCGCCGCUGUUGGGUGGUGCACGUACAGCAGCUCAGGCAUGUUUUGCGCCGUAGCUCGAAUGCGUGGCAUGAGAUUCUUGGUCGCAUACCCUCUAGCACUGUUUUAUGUCGUUUUCGGGAUUAUGGGUAUCUUCUCUUCUAGAGGUGGCGGCACUCUAGUCGCUAAGGCUACUGGGGGUUAA